UUGUCCGGCGGAUCAUCGAGGAGUCGGCCAUCUCAGGUUAUUAGUCAUCUAAAACUAGGAUGCAUAUGCCUGAAUCUUUAGAUUUUUUUUCAUUCAGUUUGGUAUAUCAGUUGAGUAGCCGAUGCAAGAGGGAAGCUACCGAUUGUAUCUUUGUGGUUGGGUAAUUCAGGGCAAUUUAUACAACAUGGGGGAGGCGUCGAGCCUCUAGAUCUAGAAUGACAUGGUGAGGUGAUAGUGCCGUAAAGUCUUCCAAAUGGAACUGUGGCUUCUCCACCUUGAAUGACACGCGUAGAUUUGUUUCUUAAAAUAAGAACCAUUCCUCUCUCAAUAUGUGAUCUGAAUUGCACCGACAGACAGUAUUGAUAGCUAGGCUAGCCAUGCUCUAUAAAAAGAGCCCAAAACACACCGUCAUUCGCCAUGAUUGUUCUGCGUUUAGUUCUCGAGAGAAACAAAAAAGAAAGUAGAGCAAAGCAAUCAUGGUGAUGAAAGUUUAUGGAACCGUCUUGUCCACCGCGGCGAUGCGGGUCUGUGCUGCCCUCUACGAGAAGAACCUCGAGUUCGAGUUCAUCCCCGUCGACAUGCGAGCUGGGGAGCACAAGAAGGAGCAUUUCCUCGCCCUCAACCCUUUCGGUCAAGUCCCGGCCUUUGAGGAUGGAGAUUUGAAGCUAUUCGAAUCAAGGGCAAUUGCUCAGUACGUUGCUCAUGUAUACGCGGACAAGGGCACUCCGCUCGUCUGUGAGGGCAAACCCAUGGCGACGGUGGGCGUGUGGAUGCAGGUCGAGGCCCACCAGUUUGAACCCUUGGCAUUGAAGCUGCGGCGGGAGCUCUUGUACAAGCCGAGGUCCGGCAUGGCCACGGACGCUGCUGUAGUCGAGGAGAACGAGGCCAAGCUCGCCAAGGUCCUCGACGUCUACGAGGCCCGGCUGAGCCAGUCCGAGUACUUGGGCUGCGACUGCUUCACCCUGGCCGACCUCCACCCCCUUCCGACCAUGACCACCCUGAUGGGGACACCCGUGAAGAAGCUGUUCGACGCCCGCCCCAAGUUGAGCGCAUGGCUGGCCAACAUCUCAGCUCGGCCGGCUUGGGCCAAGGUUCUUGCCAUGAGGAACCAGCAAUGAAGCAGAGGGUCUAGUUUAUAUUAUCUAAUGUCGGGGGGCAAUAACUCGAUACCUUUUUUACCCCUCUUUGAUGUGAGUUCAUACUUGUUCUUUGUCGUUGAUUCUGUACUUGUUUAGUUGGUCGAUGUUUUAUGUGGGAGUUAGUCGAACUUAUUUGGGAUUUUCUCUUAA